UUUCCUUUUUGACAAUUAAUUUUCCUCGAAAGGCGCGCACGUGUUUCGCGACGCAAUUUUUUUGAAAUUUUCCUUAUUAAAAUAAGAAAAUUAUACUUAAAUAUACAUAAAUUUAAAAAAAAUAUCUCAACAAAUAGAAUAUGAAUCCUGAGAAACUAAAAAAACUUCAAGCUCAAGUAAGAAUCGGCGGUAAAGGUACACCUCGCAGAAAGAAGAAGAUUGUACAUUCCACACCAGCCACAGAUGAUAAAAAAUUACAGUCAUCGCUAAAAAAAUUGUCAGUGAAUACCAUUCCAGGAAUUGAAGAAGUUAAUAUUAUUAAACAUGAUGGUACUGUAAUACACUUUAACAAUCCAAAAGCUCAGGCAUCAUUACCAACAAAUACAUUCGCUAUAACUGGACAUGGUGAAAAUAAAACUAUUUCAGAAAUGUUACCGGGUAUUCUGACGCAGUUAGGUCCGCAAGAUAUUGCACAUUUAAAAAAGAUUGCUAGUGAAUUUGCAAGCAAAAGCGCAGCAUCUGGCUUCGGUAAUACUGGGGCUGGAAGUGCUGCUGAUGAUGAUGUACCCGAUUUGGUGGAAAAUUUUGAAGAGGUUGCUAUUGGAAAAGGUGAAAAUUCUGCAGCUUCAUCAGCAGGAACUGAAGCCAAUACAACAACAGACAAGAAAAUUGAAGAAAUUCCAGUCGUUUAAAAAAUAUAAAAUGUCUUAGAACGGAAGUAAUAAAAUUUAUUUGGAUUAUGAAUGAGAUAUAUUCGUGUGAAUAUAUAAAUAUAUAUUAAAUAUAAUAAAAUAUUAUAAUUAGUCAACAAAAUAAAAAAAUAAAUAUUUUUUUUUUUUGGUAAAAAUUAAAAUUAUAUUAAAUUGUUGCAAACAAUUACAAAUAUUUUAAACAGUGAACAUUAUUAAUACAAAGUAUUCUUUCCAUUAAAAAAGUACAUAUUGCUGAUAAUUAAUAAUUCCAUUAUAUAUAAAGAAAUGUUUUUAUUUUAAAAUGGUGAAAAUAUUUUUUUUUUAACAAUUUAGGUUUCUUAUGUAAGCAAUAAAUUAAUGCUGUUCAAAUAAAUUUGGAG